AUGAUAACUCUUCAAUCUCACAAUCAGGUGUUAUACCAUCUGACGCAGCUGGCAUUUGGAGCAACUCCUAGAACAACAUUAUAUUCGACCCAAGUUAAGAAACAGGAUGAAUACAAAACUAUGGAUGAUAUUUGCCCAGAUAGCCUUGAGGAGGCUGCAAGGAAUUGUUCACAGCUACAAGAAAUAAUUCCAUUAACUGUUUUAACUCCAUUAAGAAUGAAGAAGAAUAAGGUGUGCAUAACACUGGAUAAUGUAGCUCUUAGUUCAUUUAGAAAACCUUCCAAAGAGAACAACAAAUGGAGAAUGUCUUACUUAUCUGGUCUAAACUUCACCGAAAACAAACGGGGUUUUCCACACCAUUCACUAAAGGAGUCCAUUGUCUUACCUGUUAUGCACUUAACAUCAAAACAAUGUAGACUGUUGCACACAUGGUAUGCCAAAACGCCAUACAAUAAUGUUAUGCAAAUUCGUAAAUUCAAAUCCCAGCGCAAUAUAAAGAUGGAACUGGAUCGAAAUCCAACUGUUAUGAGCAGGAUAAAGAAAUGGCUUGGUCUAUCUUCUAAUCUUCAUGUGGGUCUGAUGCACGAACCGAAGAUUUCUGAUUAUGAAAGAUUGAAACAGAUCCUCAACAAUGCCGAGGUAACAGCGGACGAACAGAAGAGGAUAAAGAUCGCCUUUGUAGAAGGCUAUGAGUCCGGAUUGCAACGUCAGGUGCGAGGUCGAACAAUGUGGCUAAAAAUUUUGCAAAAUAUGAUAACCGCAUCCGCGGUUAUCCUUGUACUCUGGCUUUAUCUUAGUUACCCAGGAGGUGGAAUGUUCAAGCUUCCUAUGAGCCACAGAAUUGAAAUCGAUCCUGAAGAUAUCAGUGUCACUUUCGACGACGUUAAAGGGGUGGACGAGGCGAAACAGGAACUUCUGAAUGUCGUGGAAUUCUUGAAAAACCCCGGAAAAUUUUCCGCUCUGGGCGGGAAGUUGCCAAAGGGAGUAUUGUUAGUAGGUCCACCAGGAACAGGAAAGACACUGUUAGCGCGUGCAGUUGCUGGAGAAGCUAGUGUACCAUUCUUCCAUGUGGCAGGUCCUGAAUUCGACGAAAUCCUGGUCGGUCAGGGUGCCCGACGUGUCCGGGAUUUAUUCAGAGCGGCAAAAGAAAAGGCGCCAUGUGUGGUGUUUAUCGACGAGAUUGACUCUGUGGGUGCAAAAAGAACAAAUUCUGUUCUUCAUCCUUACGCAAAUCAAACGAUCAACCAGUUGCUUUCCGAAAUGGAUGGUUUUCGCCAAAACGAAGGUGUUAUAGUUCUCGGUGCCACGAAUAGACGUAAAGAUCUCGACAAGGCACUGAUGCGUCCUGGUCGCUUCGACGUUGAGAUUUACGUUAACAAGCCUGAUUACUUGGGGCGCAAAGAAAUAUUGGAUCUUUACCUGUCCAAGAUAUUAACACACGAGAUCGAUACCGUUUACCUAGCACGUUGCACCACAGGUUUCACAGGAGCUGAUCUUGAAAACAUGAUAAAUCAAGCUGCAUUACGCGCAGCAAUCGAUGAAGCGGACUGUGUAACUAUGAAACAUCUAGAGUACGCUAGAGACAAGGUGUUGAUGGGUCCUGAAGGCAAGCUAAAAUACCGCGAUGAAGAAGUCAACCGUAUCACGGCAUACCAUGAAGCGGGGCAUGCUCUAGUAACGUUUUUCACCACGGAUGCUCCACCACUUCACAAAGUCACCAUCGUGCCACGAGCAUCCUCAUUGGGUCAUACUUCCUACAUGAUGUCUGAGAAGGAUGAAUAUCACGUUACGAAAUCUCAGUUGCUAGCUAAAAUGGACGUGAUGAUGAGUGGCAGAGCUGCAGAGGAGUUGAUAUUCGGAACGGAGAAAGUAACGACGGGAGCUUCUUCCGAUUUUGCUAAAGCGACGAGUAUUGCGGAAAUGAUGGUGAAGACUUACGGGAUGUCAGAGAAGGUUGGAUUUAGAUUUAUGGCAGAAAAUAAGACAUUGUUCAGUAACGAUAACUCGUAUGCGCCCAGCACGAACGAAAUUAUUGACAACGAAGUGAAGCGGCUUUUGCAGGAAUCGUAUGAACGAGCGAAAACAAUUCUAAUAAGCCAUGCGAAAGAACACAAACGAUUAGCGGAAGCUUUGUUGCAAUACGAAACGUUGGAUGCGGAAGAUGUGACUGCCAUAGUGAAUGAAACCGGGCUCAGUAAACGGGAAUCAUCUACGGAUCCCAAGAAAACAAGAAAAUCUUAAUUCGUGAGCUAAGUACGGCUUAUUUCAAGAAAGAAUUAAGAAAGAGAAGGUAGGGUGUAAUCGAGCAUAAUUGUGUAAAAUUGGGAUACCCAAUAUCGGGUCAUGACUUGUACUUUAUGCGAGGCCUAGUCUACAAGAGAUUCUGAAACCCUUUCUAAGAAUCUAUGACUGACGGGAUGCGUAACGUGAUACACGAAAGUCUUCUUGGAUCUCGUUUGAAACUACCAGUUUUUAGGAAAAAUACAAAUUGAAUUACGGUUAAUUACAUGGAUAUUUAAAAAUAGAUGCUGUUGUUAUUACAUAUUUAAAUAAAUUAGAAAACGACGAAUAAGAGCUAACGCGCAUUUUUUAGUAUAAAAUUUAUUGAAUUAAUUAAAAAUUUAAAUUAGAUUAAAAUAAAAGUUUAAAUUUUCUAUUUGAUUGGACAUUUGAGUACCUAUUAAAAUCAUUUGUACAUCUUUAAGAUUUCUGAGAGAUAUUCAGAUCUAUAAGAUCAUAUCUAUAAGAUUCAGAGUAUUAAUAAUUAUAUUUUUGCAAUUCUCUUUAAAUUCUUUUUAGUAUUCAAUAUAAAACAAAUCCUAUUGCAAUCAAUAUAUAUUUUCGUAUCAUUGAACUUCCGUUAUUUG